GACGACUGCGCAGGAUUUCUCUCCCGAUGCGGUGUCGUUGGCGUGUCGGCCAACCCCCGGCCGGGGCCGAGAGGGUGGAGAGGGUGCGGCCUGGCCUACCCUCCCGUAAUCAAUACCGGUGCCGGCCGGCUCGUUCCUCCGUUCUUUCGCCAGCCACGCGAAAUCCUGCAGACCACGAAUUUUUCUUCUUGUCGUCACCCCCUCGCCGACGCCGACUCCGACGCCGACGCCGACGCCGCCGCCGCCGCCGCCGCCGCCUUCCGUGGCCACCCUUAUCGGCUUUUGUCGUCGCGACGCUGCCGUGACGACCUCGCCGCCCCCUCCGACCCUCCGCGGCCGCCGUAAAUUUCGAAUCGCCUAAGCCCGGCGACUCGUUUCGUUAACCCUGUUAUUCGACGACGGGGUCGUUGCCGAAAAGAAUAAAAAAAGAGGGGUGUACGCACGAAGACUGUCGGCGGGCUAAGCCCAGUCCAGACUGAAGGACUUUGUAUUUAGACGGCGCGUUGUCUGUUGACAGUUUUCUGUAACCUUCGGCGGGGGUCUGGCCCGUGGAUUUCGAAUUGGAACGUUUGGCGGCGCGAUUAUGUAAACAGAGCUAGGAUAGAGGUGACGUUCUUGGACUUUUUUCUCGCGCGCGUGUAUUUCUCGAUCUCGCGACUUCAGGUUCGCCGACGUGUGCGGGAGACCUCUUGUUCUGUUAUUCGCUCGAUCGUCCGGUUAGAGAGAUUGAAGAAACAUCGCUGGUAAUCGUUAUUUAUCGUUCGGAACGUCUCCCGCGGCUUAUGAGAAUUUCAUUCGGGAAGCUUGCCACUCACUCGGACGGUGGUGCCUUUCAAUCAGCGCCGGCCGUUUUACACGUCCGAAUCCUCUCCCUUUCUCUCUAGUUUCUAUUGAUUCUGCGAAAGAGGUGAGAGGUGAAACCACGCUCGGUGAUACGCGUGUAAUUGCAAUGGAUUGCUGAGGCGACGGCCGCGAUUAUUCGAUUAAUUAAUAUUUCUGGUGUUUAGAAAGCACUUAAGGGCUACCCGUGCGCGCGCUGGUUCGCGUCUGUAUCGAUAGCAAUUCAAGGGUAUUGUUAAGGCGUUCUCGGCGGCAGCGGCGACCGUUUAAUCGCGCGAAUGAUUUCUCACGGGAUGAUCGUAAUUACGCGCGUUGCAUUCCUCGGCCGCGGUUGUGCCGAGGGGCGGACGCCGCGUAAACGUAGAUGCGUGAGAGUUGCGUACCACACGCGAAACUCGGCCGCUCGUGUUGCUUAAAUCAUUAAUUAGUGCCGCACGCGCUGCGUUGCACCUCGCCGCGUCCGUUCGAGGCUAGAGUUUUCGCAUGGGCGCCGUACGAACGCGCUCGCGGCGAUUAAUCGCUGAACAAUCGCGCGAUGAUACGUUCGCAGUGGUUCCGCCUUUGCGCCGAUGAUCCUCGGCGAUCGGUUCCUUUGUUCCUUCGCUCGCGAAACAUUCUCAAAAUCGACGAGACGUCGAGCUUCCGAGGAUUCACGGAAACUCGCAAGAUGUCCGCUCUCGAAAAUCCAGUUUCCUUAAAAGUAAUCGAACGCCGCACGCGCGACUGGGGAUAAUUACGUUGCUCAUCGUGUUUGUCGGGUUUUCGGAAGAUUCCUUGGAUGAUGAUCUUUGGAAAUCGAUAAAGUAAAAAUGAGGGAUAAUGCAGGAAUGCUUCGUUUGUUAUUGUAUGGCGAUAAAGGAGGUCACGAUUUCUGGUACCGGAAGUCGGUAAGGAGGUUAGAGUCAUUGCUGAGGGAAAAUCGAUAGAUGGCGGGGAGGUUUGAACGAGUGUCACGGCUCUGUUCGACAGAGUUUUUAUUUCUGCGAUCGAGCCGAGAAGGAUUGAAAUGUCAGGGUUUCGACGACGGUUUUCGUGUUUGUGUAAUGUCAGUCACAAGUGACGCUUUUGCGCUUCUCGCGGCGCACUCUUCACGCGAAACGAUGCCAAGGGGAUAAAUUAUGCCACGAAAGGAGAACACCAAAGCGAAAACAUGGGAGCGAGACAGAAGAAAACGUAUGAACGCUUACUUCAAAACUCUGGCAGACCUUCUGCCGCCGCACCAGGAGGGUCGGAAACGCAACAAGGUCGACAUCCUGAUCCAUGCAUCAAAGUACAUCAAAGACCUCCAUAGUCGUACGGAGGAAUUGUUUUCUGCCCAUGCAUCGGAAGCGCACAAGGAAGAAUUGGCUCGUCUGAAAAAACUUGUAACCCAGCUGUUCUCUCGUACACAGUUAUUGUCGACACUGUUGCGAGAGGCUGGGAUCACUGUACCUGCAGAACCAGCCCUUGAAAAGAUAUCCCCGUUGAAAUGGUCGAAUAAAAUUAAUGUAGAGGACGCAGAGAAGUACUUCAAUAAGUUAGAAGAAAUAAAAAGUUCUGAGAGCAAGAGGGAAAAGUCUGCAGAACUUAAAGUGCCUUCUAAGAGAAAAUCUGUGAAUCCUUCUCAGUCAUCUGCUAAAAAAUUGGUGGAGAAUAGUGAUAUUUCGAAGAAUGUGGAUAGUUUGAUUGAAAAUCAGGAGAAUCAAGUGAAUUGUGCAAACAGUAAGGAUGAUAAUUUGGAUUCAAUAGGAAAUGUAUCGGAAACUGUAUCAAAAGAAUCUGAAUGUUGCCAAACAAAUACAAAUUCUGAUGCAUCAGAGAAUGUUCCAGUAAGUGAUAAAACGAAUAAUGCAUUGCAGAAGGUAGAAUCCCAGAAAAAGGUAAAAAGAAAAACAAAGAAAAAGGAUGGAAAAAAAUCUGUAGCACCUUGUAUAAAUAAUUCUGUAACUAAUUUGACUCCAAAUACUCUUAUACUGUCUGGUGGUAAAUUGAUGCCUUUAGUAACACCUAUGACAUCAAAUAUCAUUGUGAAUACUCAACAGCAACCAGCGAAUCCCAUAAUCCUUAGCAAUACGCAACAAAAUCAGAUGUUUGUUAUGCAACCUUUGACCAAUCGUGUACAGAACUCUGUUGUCUCUAUUUGUAAUCAGGCGUUAAUUAACACUGUACAAAAGGUGACCUUGAAUACCGUCCCAAGUAUUCGCACAAAUGUAGUAGUAGACUCGCAGAAUUGGGCUUCGAAUGUGAAGAAUAUAAUUAACGCGACGAAAAUCGGCGGUCACAAAGGUAUCCUGCCUAAAGGCAAAGAAGUGACAAAAACAACGAUGACGUAUAAAGUUCCUAUUCCAGCGAUUCAUAAAGAAAAGGUGGACAAACCGAAAGAAAGUAAGAAAGAGGAAGUUAAACCUAAAGGGAAUAAAAAUCACGCGAAGGGCUCAAAGAAUCCACAGGUUUCAGAAGCAGUGGAGGAGAAGAGUGAAAAAGAGAAACUCGGAAGAACUACAGAAAUCUCAAGUUCUCCUCAAAAAUGUUCUCUAAAGCGCCCUUUAAAUGUAGAAAUCGGUACCAGUGAUGAACCGGUUGAUAAAAAACAAAAGAUCAAUGAAAACAAUGAAAACCCUGCUACAACGUUGUCAGCAUCUGUAACGAAGGCAGACUUUGCUGUGACUUGUAAAUCAAUUGAAAGUCUGAAGCAUGUGAUAGAAAAAAUAGGCGAAAAUGCGAAUGAAAAUCAAGAUAACAGUCAUAUUCUGCUUGAAUCGAAUGAAAAAGAAUCUUCUACAGAGGCCAAUGCAGAAUGUCCAGUUUCAUUAUAUUCCCCCAACAAGGAUAUCUCUGAAACAUCAAAGACCAUAAGCGAUAUAGAAUGUGAAACGAAGAAGCUCCAAGACGUAUCGGUAUCAGAUUCGGUGUCGCCUGUAACUUUUUCGGAAGAGCAUUUGAAACCGACUAAUGAAGUUGUUUCUGCAUCCUCCGAUACCGAAUUCAGUAUUCCAGUAGACAACGCAUUAGAAAAAUCGGAGAAUAAUAUGGAUGGUUCGAGUUCUAAAUCUUCUCUGACAGAAGUAGAAGAGGCUGUUCAAGAAUCUGUAGAUUCCAAGAAGGUGAAAGAGGUGUGCAACUUAGGCACAGAAUUCGACAAUUUGUUGCAAGUUACACCGAAAGAUCCAGAUGCCAUUGAAGGGACACCGAACUUGGAGAAUAAUAAAAUUAUUUUAAAUCUUGAUACAAAUAUCACGACAACCUUGAAACCGGAAACGAAUGUAACGGUUCAAACUUCUGAUACUACCACAGAAUCGUCAUCGUUACUUCCAGUUAACAUAGCCGAAGACGAGUCCAAGCUGGCCAAAGCAUCUAAGGAUGAUGGACCAAAACCGUCGCUGCCCUACAAUACAGAAAAUUCUUUUGUGCCUAUUGGCAAUAGAGCUGAUGGUCUCCACUCUGAUUUAUCCAAUGACAUAUUCGCUUCCCUUCAAGUACCUUCCAGCUCGCACAAUUCUGAAUCCAUAUCACCUACUGCUGCAUUUUUAAUGGCUUUCCCGCUGGUAUCCUCUUUGAACGGUAAAACUGAAGUCCUUGAAGAGGAGAUGAAAGAGGAUUUCAAGUAUCAUAGUCAAACUCCGCCCAUGUUAUUGCAAAUUGGAACUAUGGAACCCAAUAGCUUCAAAAUCAAGACAUCAUCGCCGUCUCAUUCAAUCGCAGAAAAACGUUUAAAGGUGACUUGCGAAGAGAAGAAAACUAUAAAUCCACCGGUCAGUGAAUCUGUAACUACAGAGAUGAUUGCUACUGUGGAGUGCAGUACUUCUACAAAAGCUUUGCCCAAGGUUGUGAAUAACGAACCCCUUAGGGAACCUUAUAAAAUUGUGCAAACUGUGUUACCAACUUUGGAGAAGACUGCUCCCCCUAACUCAUUUCCACAAACAACCUUAUACUCUAUUGCGAGCGCAUCGACCAGUAAUUCCAUCAAUACCAAUACUCAAUCGGGAGGAAACUGUCAAAAUCAGCUCACAAGAAACUUGCAGAACACUAUUGCUACUAGUGAAAAUAUUAUUGAUUCUCAAAUUGGUACUGUGUCCACCUCAAAUAAAACAGAUCAAACUAGUUGCCCAGUUCAGGUAUCCACUUGUGACACUAGUGUUCGUUACUCGGCUUCUCAAGAUUUCCUGUCAAGUUAUUCAACUGUUGUCGAUAACACUCUGACGAAUCUACAACAGAAUUCAACUGUUUGUAGCAACGGAACUAUUUCAACUAUUUCAGAAGUGAAUCCUGCAGGACUUGAUCAGAGUGCGUCUCAAGCAUCUUUGGUUUCACACCUAGUCAAUACAACAACCACUACGAAUGCUUCUUCUUUGCCUUUACAAACUAUGCAGGUGGAUUACACAUCUCAAAUGAAAGACAAGGAUUCCCACAAUUCCCGCAUUUCUUAUGGAGUUGAUGGAAAAGAUAAUUUAGUUAAUUCCAGCAUUGCGCCUAAUGCAAGACUCAAUUAUACUGGUCACAUUGACAGAGUUCUUCCUACUUCAUCUCAGAACAUACAACAAGAUUAUUCUAUACAAUCCAAGGAUGCAUCUCUACCUAUUCUAUCUGCGCAAGGUAUUCAAAGUGUGUAUGAUUCGCAGUCUAAAAACAAUCAUGUUCUAACCACACCACCGAAUAUUCAUAAUGAGUAUUCUGUGGAUCAGAAUAAAAAUCUCUCACGAAAGGAUACCAUAUCUUAUCCCACGGGAACUGGCAAUGCUUCAACUAGAACUCAAACUUAUUCUUCUAAGGACCCCAUACCCAAUUCAUCUGAAAACCAUUUUCAACAUAACUAUCCAAAGAUGAAAGAUUCCGAAUCGUCGGUAAAUAACAUUGUAGAUCAAGAUGCAAAGUUGAAUGAUAUUCUGAGAUCGAAGUCGCAAGAGACACAAGAUCACAGACGGGAGGCGAGUUACAACUCAUCGAAGAAAAUUGAUGUUGAUCCUUUCGCUCAAACAUUCUCUUAUGGUGUAAAGAAAUCCAUAAGCGCACAAACUGAACAAAACGUUAUGAGUCAGAACACGGAGAACCUGUUCCAAGGGAAACGGGAAGACACUCAAAAUUACACUUCUUAUUCCAACAAGGACAUAAAGAAGAUCAACACCAGUUCCUCGAAUCCUGUAAGUUCUAAACCUUUAAUUCAAAACGUCCCUGUUUCACGUUACUCGCAGCAACCGACUUCCUUCGUUGCCACGUCCAAUUUUGAGCAAAGCACCGUUACGGAUAAUCAUGCUAAAUCAACUACCACCGUUGCCCAGAACUCUUCGAAUUUCAGUAUUUUAUCUUGGACUACUUUAUCGCCUGUUGGCGGUACUGGUAACAAUAAUUUGGUGCAGUUUGAGCAAGGACAAAGUCAGACAGAAACCACGGAGCAAAAAGCCAUCUGUGAAAGUUAUAAUUAUGUUCCUUUACACAAGGAAAAUUCAAACUUCUCCGCAGUGUUGACGAAUGAUGUUUACUCGGGCAAUUCAACUGUGGCUAACAUAGAUAAGUCGAGAAUGAAGUCCGGAAUGGAACCACAGAAGCCCUUCGUUGACCCUUCCAAGGCAAGAAAUAUUCAGACGAAUGUCCCGCCGUCUGGUAAACAAAGUCGGAUGCAAAGUCAAAGUCAAACUUCAUCCAGUAACAAUGAUUACACUAAGUACAACACUGAAAAUAAAAAUAAGUCCAAGUACGGAAUAGAAUCAGAGUAUAUUCAGAAUGAGUAUCCAGGUAUGGAACAGCAGUCACAACAGCAACACGGACCGAAGAAUCAUCAGUCUAUGCCACAGAAGCAGGACAAGGCUAUAUAUCCAAUGUCCAAUUAUGAUUCACAGGUCAACUUUGAUUUGCCAGAAGUUAGCACGCAGAUGAAGUACUCUGUAGAUUAUACCAGUUCAAAUUUCAAAUAUCCGGAUAAAUCCCAGCAACAUAAUCAGAUUAAAUAUCCACCACUAGUUCAAGGACAAAUUCCCUCUCUUCAGCAUGAAAGUGUUUCAUAUGCCAAUGACGGCAAGCAUGCACAACAACAGAGUGCCACAAAGUCCAAGUCGAAUCAACAACAGCAUGCUAUCAGAGCUCCUGUAAACUGGAUGAUGACACCUGAAAUCAAGCAUAACACGAAUAUUGCCGACAUAAUUUUACCACCUAUUGGAAAGGAACUUGACUUUUGUCAGAAUAAUCUGUUUGCUCAGACUCCGUCGUACAACCAAGGAACACCUAAUCAGUUUUAUAACAACUAUGACGUAACAGCCCACAGUUUCCCCAAUUUACCCGUUCUGCAAAGUGAACCAAAGAGAACUUCAGACGUAUUUUAUUCUGAAGAGCAACCGUUCCCAUGGUCUCCUACAAAGACCAGUGUUCAUGUCGAACAAUCUCAACCAGUUAAAGGUAUAGAGCAGCACAUUGUACCUUCCAGUCUUCCAACUUUAGUCGGAGAUUUGGACCUAGGUACUAAUAUACCUGAGAAACAGAAUUUCCUGUUCAGUCAGGUACCGUCUAGAGUUCCAUCUGACCAGAAUAAAGACCCCAUCAAAGAUAAAGAAGGUGCCGUAGCUGCACGUGAUUUCCAUACAGUGUUAAAUACUCAAACGGUACAACAUCCAGGAGCUGGUUCAUCGUUCCUUUCUGUGAGUCAAUUGGUGGAGCACGAGAAGGCUGAAAAAUCUCAUCAGCAGCAUCACCAGCAGCACCAUCAUCACCAUCACCAUCACCAUCAUUCCCAUCAACAUCAACAGCAGCAGCAGCAGCAACAACAGCAACAACAACAGCAGCAGCAGCAGCAACAGCAGCAACAACAGCAAGCCAGAAAACAUCAAAGAAAAAGUAACACUAGUCCUAGGGGAAAUAGUAAGCGGCAAAUAGACCUUCGUAAACAGACAUCGGGUAACGAUCAGUUGCAUCAGAGGCACGAAGACCAAAAGUCAUCGGGUCACACCUUCUCAGAACAAGGGUAUCAGCAACAACAGCAGCAGCAGAAAUAUCAGCAGAAUAAUGUUCACUGGAGAAGCAGGAACUGUAAGAGCAAUUACACUGCAGAGGCAUUGAUUGGAACUAAUAGUAGUGUCCAUGAUACAAUCCAGGAUAAACAUGCUUCUAUAAAGUUUACUACCAACUACCCUCAGAAUAAAUUUCAAACUAGUCUACCAACUGCGGAUACCGUCAUGCCCAUCAAUUAUUUUUCUAAUACCGAUGAUGGAAGUGGGUACGGGCAAAUGGUUAAUCAGAAUUUCAAUUCGUAUACAUACUCUUCCAAUACAAACAUUUAUCCUACUUCAAACUUUAUAACUAGUAUAUCAAAUACUCCCACCAGUUACAUGAUGCCAUUACACGAUAACACCGAUUACAUGGAAACAAACGCGUUUCUUCUACCAAACGUGGCAACUUCCUCCAGUGCCACUUCAUCGUCCACUUCUACAGUAACAACCUCGACCACUAAUGUAAAUACAAACACAAAGAACCACCAGCACUACGCGAAACAUCAGAACUGUGACAAAAGGACAUACUCUACAAAUGCAAAGAAAGGGAAAAGAAAAGGUCUAGACGGGACAAUGCAGAAUUUAGAGUUCCCGCUUUCCGGCAUUAAUUCACCCUUGGAGGAUUAUCAUCAUUCGGCUACCUUCUUGCCACCACCACCACCGCCGCAUGCUAGCCCCCUGUAUCAAAACCAUCCACAAGCAAAUGUAUACACAAAAGCUGUAAAUAGUUUACCACCGCCACCAGCAGUUGCUGGUCCUCAAGGUGUACCGACUGUAGCCACACCCGGAUUUUCAAUGAAUCCAAACAUGCCAAGAGGAGGAAUCGUUUCAAGCAACCCAAUGGCUAUGACCCAUCAUCCCUCGGGCACCAGUCUUACCAAUUUUAACUUGAGUACCAUAUUUCCUGAGAUGAAUGACAAAAUUACAGGAUACAAACCGCCGAACGGUAUACCAACUGGUUUGACACAACCACCGAAUCAGACCACAGCUUACACACAGAGAACCAAUUAUCCGACGAACCCACUCUGUCACUUGCCUCAGGUAUCUGAAGGAAGCCAAUUUGGUAACAGUGUUCCUCCUCCUCCUCCUCCACCUCCUCCUGGAGUAAUACAUUAUAAGAAUGUAUGA